CUAAAUUAUCAGUCAUCAUGGUAUAUUCAUCGGUUUUAAAAACUCAUUGCAUUCAAAAUUUGACUUGCGCCUAUACAAUAAUCGGGAAUAGAUGCCAAAUGUUACAAAUACCUUGAACACACAAAAUUAUAGCGUCAUCUGAACAAAUAUUUAACAGGAAGCGUUCCGUUCAUCAUGACUCCAGCAGCCAAUGGGAAGAGUGUCCAUGAUGCGCAGGUGUUCGUCAUUUGAGUCUGAAUAUCAAUUAACGAUCAUUUACGACCAAGUCCUGCCCUAUACCACACAACGAAAAGUAGCCUGAAGAUGAUGACAUUGUGAGUCACAGCCAUGACAGUAACGUUGUGCUACAAUACAAUUCAAAAAGUGGACCACAUAGUAGUUCAUAACCUCCGUAUGGCAGCUGGACUUCACGCCCACAGAGGUUCAACGAAUCUCGACAUACUAAUGAAACCAGCCUCUUCGUCGCUACAACACCCCCAGUCGCCACAUAUUAACGCCUACCAGAUAUUCCCCACCUAGUUAACUAGGCCUACUGGCAACUUUGAUACUGUGGCGUUGUUGGAGGAUCAGUUGUGUAAUUCAUUUCAGAAUAAAAACAUUUUUGGUUCAUUUAUGAGUGAUAAGUUUAUGAGUUUUUGAUUCAUUAGGAGUCAUUAACUGGAGUCACACCCCCAUUAAAAUCCAUGUCUUCUGCUGAAUGCAAAUGUCAAAUAUAGGACUUGUAAAAUGUAAAUGGCCCUUGUAAUGUAAACGUGAUGCUGCUCAUGUGCCUCAUAGGUCGGUGUGACGUGAAAACACCUUGAGGGGUAGACUGUGAUGGCAUUAAAUAUUGCGCAUUAGCCUAAACACAUGCAUUUAAGUUGUUUAAUGGGAGGCAGUGGGAGUCCCCUCCCACUACUAAAUCCAGCCCCACCCUCACCACUUGCAAUCGUCACCUUGCAGUCGAGGGACCGAGUGCCAUCUCCUCCGCACUUAGUUUUGUCUGCACUUCAACUGGGAAAGAGAAACGGACCACGCUUCAAUAGUUAUUUUUAUCACACACAUUUUCAUCUUAAGAAGAAUGGAGUCGUCGCUCGAGUUCUCAAACUCGUUCAGCGGCGCGUCCUCGUCGCUGCCGGCCCGCAGCAGGACCUUUAAGGUGAUCGUGAUCGGGGACUCCGGGGUCGGGAAGACCUGCCUCACUCACCGCUUCUGCGCCGGGGAGUUCCCCAGCCGACCCGACGCCACCAUCGGGGUGGACUUCCGAGAGAGGAUCGUGGACAUCGAUGGAGAGAGAGUUAAGCUCCAGAUGUGGGACACGGCUGGGCAGGAGCGCUUCAGGAAGUCCAUGGUGCAGCACUACUACCGGAAUGUCCACGCGGUGCUCUUCGUCUACGACGUCACCUACCCGGCCAGCUUCAGGGGCCUGCCUGCCUGGGUGGAGGAGUGCCGGCAGAACUCCCUGGGCCAGGACAUCCCCAGGUUCCUGGUGGGAAGCAAGGUGGACCUGCGUACGCCGGGGGGGGCCAGCCAGGUGAGCCGGGAGCAGGCGCUGAGGUUCUCCCAGACCCACAACAUGACUCUGUUCGAGACCUCCGCCAAGAACCCCCUGGCCAGCAGCUGUAGCGCGGGGGGCCGGGGUCCGGGCAGGGGCAGGGCCCCGGAGGAGCCCUUCCACCAGGACACGGUGGAGUCCAUCGUGACGGCCGUGGGCGCCCGGCUGCGGAGAAACAGGAGGCUUCCGGAGCAACUGCACUCCAAGGGAGGGAACAGCUCUUUUAAGAUCCCGGCGGACAAGAAACCUCUGGAGAAGGGGCACUGGGCGUGCACCUGCUGAGAGUGAGAGUGUGUGUGUGUGUGUGUGUGUGUGUGUGUGUGUGUGUGUGUGUGUGUGUGUGUGUGUGUGUGUGUGUGUGUGUGUGUGUGUGUGUGUGUGUGUGUGUGUGUGUGUGUGUGUGUGUGAUAGAGAGUGAGUAUGUGAGAGUGUGUGUGAAGGAGGGAGAGAGUGUGUGUGUGUGAGUGUGUGUGUGAAGGAGGGAGAGAGUGUGUGUGUGAAGGAGAGAGUGAGUGUGUGUGAGAGAAAGUGAGUGUGUCUUAGAGUGAGUGAGUGUGCGUCGAAGAAUCUUAAUUUGUAAUGAUUUCAAAUGAAAUGUUGUACUGUAAUUUUUAGCUUUUAAAUAUUGAUGUUAUUAACUUUUUUAUGUUUUUUUCCGUUUUUCCAUGCUCUGUGUAAAAUAAAAUACCAUGUAUACGUGUAUAAAACAUAUC